CUAGAGGUACGCUUAAUUACCCAGACCUGCUAAACUUUUAAAAGUAUUCGGUUAAGAAAACGUUGUAAAUGCGCAAAUGCCCGUUUUUUAAAGGACUUGGAAUUUACUAAUUGAACUAUGACAACUUUAAAGCCUCCAUUGGGAUCGUCCCUUAAGUGUUACGUUUGCGUUUACAAUGAAGCGCAGAUUUGGAAAGAUAUAUUGAUAUGCAGCCACGAAAAAUUGAAUCAUAUGGAAGAUAACCUUUCAAAGCUACAGAAAUUUCUAGAAAGAGGACAUGUAAAGGCCAAAGUUGUUUGCAGGGGAUGCAAAAUGCAGCGCUAUUGCGGCGUUCCCCAUCUUUUGGCGGAUCGUGCGGAACACCAACCCAUUUGCCAGGUGCUUAGGGAUCUCCAAAAGAUAAUGAAGAUCAACCGCCCAUUGCUCCUGCAAGGAAGGAUUUCGGAUCGCAGAAAGCUGCAGCUCGUCAUUUCUCAGCUGAAACUGAUCCUGUCGAUCAAACUAGACAGACCUCUUCUUCCGAGGGAAAUUCAACUUAUAGGGAACCCAGCCGUAUGCGAGAUUUGCUUCAGCACUGGAGACCUGGAAGCCUGCGUAGGAUGUGCCGGUGUGGCGUACUGCUCAGAGAAGCACCGUCAUCUAGCCAAGGAUACUCAUAGCUCUAUGGAUUGUCGCACUCUAGCUCUGAUCUCUACAGCAUUCCGACAAAUGGACUGCCUUAUAAGCAUCAGGAAAUUCUACGAAAGCAGUCCUUUAAAAGAAUCUCAUCUGAUUGAGGCUUUUAUUAAAGCCACCUCCCUGAAGAUAAACGAUAAACCAUGGACUGAUUUGCAAGAGUACUACACAUUCGCCAGUUGUUCCUCUUUUAGUGGAAUCGCCAGCCUUUGUCUGGCUUUAUCAAACAUUUCCUGGGUCCAUGAUCCGGAUAAAGUCGUCAUCAUUUAUGUGGUGGGCGCCACCGAGGAGCAUCUGCGAUACUUUCAAUCUAUUCACAUCAGGUUCUUGUUCCUACAGUACCCAAGCAUUCGAAAUUUGGAGUUGCAUUUUAUUGGGAAAGAACUAGGCAAGAUCGAAGACGUUGAGGCGAUUUUCGAUCUCAAGAACUUAAACCGAACCGUACUCAAACGUUUUUACUCACUUACUUUUUCACAAUUCGCAAACAUAUAUAAUGUGGAUCCCACCCUAAUUCUCAUUCUGCAGCCCGAUUUUAUUAACACAGGGAAAAUAACCCAGAGCCUUGUCUGCGGGCUAACCACAAAAAACGAAGAUUCAGAUCAGUUCGACUGGCAGGAAUGUUUAUCUAUUAUCCUUCGAUCUUUUAAUGUUCCCAUAUGCUACACCUCGAUCUCAAAAAUUCAGGCAAUGUCUGAUUUGACGGCCAUCAAUACAGUGGCCAGAAAUAAUAACAUCACCGUCCAGCGAGUCUACAACAUAACCGAAAAUCCUUACCGUGAAAUAUUACCUGUACACAAUCCUUCCCCUGAGGACACUGAAAGGGUUGUGUAUGCAAACAACUACCUGGAGGUAAUUUUUACAAAUAACAAAACGAUGUAA